AUGUUUAUCUAUCUCUGUUCAUUAAUCUAUCUAUCUAUCUAUCUAUCUAUCUAUCUAUCUAUCUAUCUAUCUAUCUAUUUAUGUCUGUUCAUUAAUCUAUCUAUGCCUGUUCUUUAUCUAUCUAUCUAUCUAUCUAUCUAUCUAUCUGAAAAGAAAGAAGGAAAGAAAGAAGACGUUUUCAGUGUUGUUAUUAACAAAGCUUUCUUUCUUUCUUUUUCUCUUUCUUUGUUUUUUCUUUCUUUCUUUCUUGCUUGCUUUCUUUCUUUCGUUUUUCCUGUCUUUCUUCCAUUUUUCUUUCUCUCUUUCUUGCUUUCUUUCUUUUUCCUUUCUUUCUUACGUGUUUCUCUUUCUUCCUUUCUUUCUUUUUCCUUUCUUUCUUUCUUUCUUUCAACCUUUCUUUCUUGCUUUCUUUCUUUCUUUCGUUUUCCCUGUAUUUCUUCCUGUUUCUUUCUCUCUUGCUUUCUUUCUUUUUCCUUUCUUUCUAACUUUUUCUCUUUCUCCCUUUCUUUCUUUUUCCUUUCUUUCUUUCUUUCAACCUUUCUUUCUUGCUUUCUUUCUUUCUUUCUUCCUGUCUUUCUUCCUUUUUCUUUCUCUCUUUCUUGUUUUCUUUCUUUUUUCUUUCUUUCUUACUUUUUCGCCUUCUUCCUUUCUUUCUUUUUCUUUUCUUUCUUUCUUUUAACCUUUCUUUCUCUCUUUCUUUCUUUCUUUCUUUCGUUUUUCCUGUCUUUCUUCCUUUUUCUUUCUCUCUUUCUUGCUUUCUUUCUUUUUUUCUUUCUUUCUUACAUUUUUUCUCUUUCUUCCUUUCUUUACUUUUCCUUUCUUUCUUUCUUUUUUCUUUCUUUCUUACUUUUUCUCCUUCUUCCUUUCUUUCUUUUUCCUUUCUUUCCUUCUUUCUAUCUUUCUUUCAACCUUUCUUUCUUGCUUGCUUUCUUUCUUUCGUUUUUCCUGUCUUUCUUCCUUUUUCUUUCUCUCUUUCUUGCUUUCUUUCUUUUUCCUUUCUUUCUAACUUUUUUCUCUUUCUCCCUUUCUUUCUUUCUUUCAACCUUUCUUUCUUGCUUUCUUUUUUCUUUCGUUUUUCCUGUCUUUCUUCUUUUCUUUCUCUCUUUCUUGCUUUCCUUUUUUCAUUUCUUUCUUUCUUUUUCCUUUCUUUCUUUCUUUCUUUCUUUCUUUCUUUCUUUCUUUCUUUCUUGCUUUCUUUCUUUCUUUCGUUUUUCCUUUCUUUCUUCCUUUUUCUUUCUCUCUUUCUUGCUUUCUUUCUUUUUCCUUUCUUUCUUACUUUUUUCUCUUUCUUCCUUUCUUUCUUUUUCCUUUCUUUCUUUCUUUCUUUCUUUCAACCUUUCUUUUUUGCUUUCUUUCUUUCUUUCUUUCGUUUUUCCUGUCUUUCUUCCUUUUUUUCUGUGUUUUUUUUCAUUUCCCUAA